UGGGGGCGCACAGGCGGGGGACUUAGCUGAUGGGUCGGUGUCGGGGUUGCCCAUCAAGCCAAGACUGAGCGGAAACUCCGCUUUCCUGUCACUGACGUUUUGGUGUGCAAAGCAGGCCACAAGUCAACCAAAAGGUGGUAAUUAAGUGCUUUAAAGAAAUUUGGGCAGGAUAAUGGAGUAGAACGAAGUGAGGGAGUAAUAAGUCCUAUGCAAAUCUGGAGUUGUGCAUGCUAAGCAGAAGAAAAGGCCACAGCGGGACAGACUUAGCGAAGCCAAGGAGAAGGAGGAAAGGGCCACUGCUGCUGCCGCACCUGGUGCAGAAAGGGCAGGAUGGGAAGGGAGAUGAGGCCAGGACUUCAGCGCCAAGGCUUGCGGGCCUCGGAGCCUGCGUGAGGAGUUUGACUUUUAUUUGGAACUCAGAGCAGAAAAAUGGCAACCGCUUUUUCUGACUUUCAUUAUCCUUCGCUCAGCGGAAGGAUGCAACUCAUUUGCCCUUGGGCAGGGGAAUGCAAGAAACCCAGACUCUCAGAAAAGCAUUCAAGUAAAGACGUGGAUAAUUAAAUCCGAGGGGUUGGUCUCCACUCAUCUUUUUAAUCGUGAAGACUUCAGAAUACACUUGGAUCUGCCUACCACUCUUUUAGAAAACUUCACCAGGCAGUAAAUCCCCCGCUGUGCUCUUGUCAUAGCAACGUGGCUUUGCAGUUUUCCAAGGCUAAACAAGAUUUUCUCCUCAUUAUCCCAUGAAGCCAUAUUGUUGCCUCUUCACUGUGGUGGUGAUUGUUACUGUGCCGGCUGCUUUUGUUUUGGAAGAUGCGGACUUCACACAGGUUCCCCCACCGGGGGCGGAUCAGGGUUCUUCCAGGCCGUUCGCAGGCUCCCACUCAGGCAGUGAUGUCGUCAUAGCCAAGGAAGGGGCUAGCGUUUCACUCGAAUGUCUUCUCACAGUUGCUCACUAUGAAGAUGUCCAUUGGAACAACUCCAAGGGACAGUACCUGGAUGGCAAAGGUGGAAAAUGGUUGGUUUCUGAUAACUUCCUGAAUAUCACCAACGUAGCCUUUGAUGACCGUGGGCUCUAUACAUGUUUUGUCAUGUCUCCGGUUAAUGCCUCGUACUCUGUCACCCUACGUGUUAUUUUCACCUCAGGAGACAUGAGUGUCUACUAUAUGAUUGUUUGCCUGAUUGCCUUUACAAUCACUCUCAUCUUGAAUGUCACCCGGCUGUGCAUGAUGAGCAGCCAUCUUCGGAAGACAGAGAAGGCUAUCAAUGAAUUCUUCAGAACUGAAGGAGCUGAGAAACUCCAGAAGGCCUUUGAGAUUGCAAAACGCAUCCCCAUCAUCACCUCAGCCAAGACUCUGGAGCUGGCUAAAGUCACUCAGUUUAAGACCAUGGAGUUUGCUCGUUACAUUGAAGAACUGGCAAGAAGCGUCCCUCUUCCACCUCUUAUUCUAAACUGUCGGGCCUUCGUUGAGGAGAUGUUUGAGGCUGUGCGAGUGAAUGACCCUGAUGACAUGGGGGAAAGAAUUAAAGAAAGACCAGCCUUGGAUGCUCGAGGUGGCAUCUAUGUCAUCAACCCAGAGAUGGGGCGGAGUAAUUCACCAGGAGGAGACUCAGAUGAUGGUUCUCUGAAUGAACAAGGCCAAGAGAUAGCAGUUCAGGUUUCCGUCCACCUUCAGUCAGAAACCAAAAGUAUUGAUACAGAUUCUCAAGACAGCAGUCAUUUCAGUCCACCUGAUGAUACAGGAUCUGUGAAAUCCAGCUCUAACUACAAAGAUGGAGCAGGUGAAAACUUCCAGCUCUGAGCUAUCCCAGCCCCUGCAAAAACAGCUCUCAGGAAAGGGACGUGUUUCAUGGAGGAGAUACCAUUUUUACCAAAAGAUGAUGAGAUUUCUCUUUGAUGUUAACACAUCAGAACAUAAGUUGCCAAAUUCUUUGUGAAAACACAGCAGUUUCCCCAUUAGUUGUCAGCCCUUUUCCUUAAAAUUGCUUAAAUGAUGCAUGUUAAGAUAUAAAGGAGCCUCAGAGAUAAACAUGAUGGGGCAAAUAUUGAACUAAGAGUUCUGUGGCUUCUCUUCUGGUCACAGUUCUUCCAUUGAUCAGAUGUGAUGCUUAUUUUGAAGCCUUAUUUUUCCCAUCAGUAAGAUAAAGAGAUUUGCAUUUGAUGAAAUUCUGUUACCUUUACAGAUGAAAAUCUGUAGCCCAUCUCUAGCUAAACCUUGCCAUAAACAUUUAGUCUCUUCUUUUUGGAAAAGACCACCUGAGGCUUCAUUCUGUGGUCUGGAUUCCUACACCAGUGCCGUAGCACACAGGAGUAUAGAUGUCCUUCCAUGUGGAAUGUACAAUUACAUGUGCUAGAUUGAAUCUUUCAGUGGAGCACAGGACUGCGUUGUUACAUAGAUGUUAGGGAGCUGACUGCUCACUAGUAAUCUGCUCUCCAUGAGUGAAUGGGUCUUUCUUGGGCCACGUCAUUUAGUUCACUGGAGCAGGCAGUCAUUUCCCAACUGACCUCCAAAAGUAAGCAGUCUGUUCCUGAAGAAUAGUAUCUUCAAGGCUUCUAGAAUAAGAACAGUGUCAAAUUGUCUGUCUCUGGUAGAUUAUGGAUGCUGAUAUUUCUGUGAAGAAUUUCUCAGGCUCUACCUUUUUAAAGUACUAGACUCUACAAGUGGGUUCUGUGUCUGAGAGCUCAUUCUCUGAUAAAACCGAGAACUGCACAUUCCUCUUUAGACCUCGGUUAAUAUCCUUUCCCUCUAUGAUCUUAAAUAUGGUGCUAAAGGUUGCAUGUCUCCUUAUCUCACUUGUUCUGUCAACAUUUUAUUUUUUAUGUUUUUAGUUUUGAGUACUUCAGAUGUAUAGUUUUGAGCUAGGCCUGCUUUUGUGUCCUGACAAAUAAUUACCUGAAAUAAGGCUUGAUGAUUGUGUUUGGUGCGUUUCUACAUUAAAAUACACUCACACAGAUAAUCCAGAUAUAAAACAGGAGGAAAAUGAUGGAUGAUUCCACCUGGUUUGACUGCGUAUAAUAAACACUUAGAUGGCAUUUCUUGCCCGGCUGAGACCUGAUAUAAUGGAAUUGUAAAUAUGCUUCAGAAUAAUUUCUUCAGCUACAGGAAGCUUGGUGCCAUAUAAUUUUAAGAACUUGGCAGUGGAACUCCAUUUGAUGCUUCACAUUUCUUCGUUUGGUUUCUGGUUAUUGAAGCAUUACUUGAACUAGCGGAUCCUGAGGGAAAUGUUCAGAGGAGGUUUAUCAGGAUUUUAAUUUAAGGUUUCAAACAGAAGAAGACUGGAAAUUCAAAAUGACUAGUGGAACUCAUGCCUUCUUUUGUUCAGGCUUAUCAGAAGUAAUACAUCUGUUCUAGACAGUAUGAAGGAAUCAAUAUGCGGCUUUCUCAGAUGGCUUUACGGAUAGAGAUGAUAAUGCUGCCUUUUCUGUCUCUCCGGCUGUUUCCAUAGAAACCUCCAGGGCAAAACAAAAGCUAGCAAUCAUUUAGCCAAAGCUUGCCUUGGCUUAAGACAUGUAUUUUUUCAAGGAAAAUUGUUUUCAUAUAUUUGGCUAUAAGAGCAAGGGCUCUUGAACAUAUCGUAGGUUAUAGAAUAUUUUUUCUCUUCCCGUGGUGUUUCUCUUACAAAAUUAAAAAAUUUCAAAUCCCUUAUAUGGGAUCAUUCUCCAGAAUAUCCCCUAGAUCCUCAGAUAGUACACCAGUCCUGUCCUAAUAUAGCAGGUUUAGAAUCAUUUCUUGGAAUGUAGCCUGUUAUGUUAAAGAUAGUGGUUUUGCACCAUGUGUUCUCAGAAGGGUAUUAGGUAGGCACAUUUAAAGAUCAAAGUCCUGAGAAACAGAACUUUAGAAAAGCACAGGAAGUACUGAGAAAACAUUUUAUAAGCUUCUACAAUAUGAUAUAGUAAAGUAUAGGCUGGCUACCUUAGUGUAUCCUAGGUAAAUUAUUUCAGAAACAUAAUGGUAGCCUAACUGGUAGCCAGAGUAGCUGGUUUAAUUUGAAUCUUGCUGGUUAUGGUACCUUGAAGUAGGGAAAAAUAUAAUAGGGGUUACGGGUGAGGUGAGCCACGCCUACAAGCACUCGUAUAAUCCCAGUAUGUGGGAGGCUGAGGCAAGAACAUUGAGAGUUCAAGGCCAGCCUGGGCCACCUAGUGACUGUGACCCUGUAGGAGCUGGCACUACUUUGCAAAGCUAGUUUUCAAGAGAAAUAAAACCACACAUUGGUAUUUUUUGUAUCUAAUAAAAUACACUAUCUAUAAUUAACAGUCUUAUCUUUUUUGUAAAUUCCUUAACCUUUAAAACUUCAACUACUGUCUAAAAGUCCUGACAGUUACUGUGGUAUAAUUAUCUUUUUUGUCUCACUAAAUUCUAGUUCUUUAAAAAAAGAAAAAAGCCUUCACCUAACCAAAUGUACUUAUCAUCCUUUUGUCAUCUCAUUUGUAAAUUUUGUACUGUCAUUUAAUGAACCUUAUUGUCCUUAUGAAAUGUAGUAAAAUAAAUUUCCAAAAAGUGACAAACAUCUUUAUAGAUUCCUUAUCUGCUGCAUCCAGAUGGACAGGUGUCCGCUGAGUGGAUACCCCACCUGUGUCUAUAGGUGAUUCGAUGAUCACCUGUCCUCAGAGCUGCGUCUGUUGUGAUGGCUGGAUUUGUGAGUCAGGCUCGGGGAGCAUUUGUGCUUCCGACCCCCUACCAGGAUGCAGGUAUCUUCAGAGUAGCUGACCCAGAAUGCUUGUGAGAAGGCUCUUGGCUGCUGCUUUGCUUUGCUUAGCAUUUGUUUUGAGCACUGUCUGCAUGCUGCUUUCUCUUUGCUUCCCCAGCCACACUGAACCACUUGUUCCAGUCCCCUUACACCCUGCAUGUAGCUUCAACUCUCUAUUAAACUUGGGUGGAUCCCAGGGGGGCCAGGAGUGCUGCAUGUGUCUGUCAAGCCCAGCUAGUCAUAGGUGCUAGUCUUGGCUCCUCACACCAGCGACUGUAAUCAAGUGUGUUGCGUCUCCCAAAUCACCAGGAAGAAUGCAAUCUUUUCUCAUCUAAGCCAGAAUGUUAAAAAUGCUCACCUUUAUACAGAGACUUCUAGAUUCUCAUUAACAUAUUUCAGAAAAGUAUGUUGAGUACUAUUUGAUGUGGUUCACAUGAUGUGUAGAUGAUCAGCACUUUAAUAAACAUUGGACUUGUGUCCCUUUUUUUUAGGAAAAUGUCAUACUUGAAUGUAAAUUGUUAAAGGUUCAAUGGAGUAUAUUUCAUUUGAUGCCUGAAAUAUUUUACAGGGUUUAUUUCAUUUUUGUGUGUGAUAGGGUUGGAUGUUAAAUGAUUUUUAAAUAGGAAUAAAUUUGAAUUCAACUUGCA